AUGUCGAACAAGAUAGGCGAAAUUGUUGAAAUGAAUGAGAAUUAUGCGGAUCAACUGAUCUUAAUCGAUUCAAUAACAUCAUAUAUUCAUUUAGGAAUCGAUGAAUUGAAUGUUCGAAAUUGUUCUUCACCUUUGAUUAUUGCCGAUUUCGGUUCAUCUUAUGAAUUUUAUUCAAUACAUAUUAUGAAGACAAUCAUUGAAUAUCUUCGACAGACAAAUAAACUUGUAAGACCACCUCUUAUCGUUCAUAAUGAUCUUCCAAUAAAUGACUGGACACGACUUUUUGAGCUUCUGGCACGUGAUAAUUCAUAUGAAGGUGUUGCCAAUGGUCGUUCUUUUUAUGAACAGUGUCUACCACCGAAUUGUCUUUCGAUAGGGUUUUCGUCUGCAUCACUUCACUUAUUAUCGCAAAAACCUUGCAAUUUCUCCAAUCAUUGUUAUUAUACUUUUGCUGAAGAAAGUGAACGUCAAAGAUUCAAAGAUCAAUCCAAACUUGACUUUAUUUCUUUUCUCGAACAUCGUUCUCGUGAACUUGUGUCUGGUGGUGUGCUCAUUCUUAUUAUACCGAGUGCCGAGAAACAAGAAACAAUGAGUUUUAACUAUUAUUUUGAUUUACUUUACAAAUGUGCUCAAUCAAUUACAUUUCUUACGCCACAAGAUUUAUUAAAUUAUACGAUUCCUCUUCAUUUACGUUCACUAUCUGAAUGUGUCGAUUUUGAACUAUUUGAGAGAUGUUCAUUCAAAUUGAUUAAAGCCGAAUUCAGUUACAUGAAAUAUCCUAUUUUUGUUAGGUAUCAAAAUGGACAUAUAACACUCGAUCAAUUUGCAAAAACACUCACAGUAAUAAUGCGAACUACGACUGAAUUAUCAUUUAAACAAGCAUUGGAAAUUACUGGACGAUCGAAAGAGGAUAUUGACAAGAUAUUAACGCAAUUUUGGACUCUGUAUGAAGAAACAGUACGGAAUGAACCAUUUCAUGACGAUGUCAAUACAUAUAUUGUCUGUUUGAUCUUGAAAAAAGUAGACAAAGUUUUAAAGUGA